AUGGUGUUUGAUAGAAGUCAGGGAAUUUACUAUGGCCACUUAAAGACUGACCAUCUUCUGUGGCCGGCAAGCUCUCCAAGUGAAUCACUUUCGGGAGCCGGACUGCGUAGCUGUCGAUGUACACGAAACGCCAAGCUGCUCGCCUAUCCAUUGGUACCUAAUGUGGAGCGGCCUGGUCUGCCUCUUGGCAUCGGAAUGACACAAUUCCACGUCCUCGUAGCAUAUCGUGACCGGGUAAAGGCAAUCAAUCUUCUUGACGGCAAGACAGUUUUUUCGGCCCUAUUGACUGCGGGCCAGGCCCCAAUAACACCGGCAUCAGCGACGGGGUCUGAGUCUGCGGCCUCAGUUGCUGGUCAGUUGUCCAUGCUUAACCUUCUCGACGGAUCGUGUCUUGGAGUCUGUCAGGAUCAAGGCCUCACCGAAUCUCACAUUUGGCUCUUUGGCAGUUGGGGCAUAUGCCACUUGGGUAUUCGAAAUGAGCAGAAACGUAUCUCCCAGAUAUACUUAGAAACAGGCAAUUUCAAAGAGGCGAGGCGAUUUUGUCAAGUGGGUAUUAUAAAAUAA